AUGGGCAAGGUCAUAGCUGUGGGAGACUUCAACGCCCUUUUGGACAUUGAUGAGAAGGUGGAAGGUCUUCGGAAACCUUCGAAAGUCAUGGAGGAUUUUAGAGAUUUUGUAUCUGAUUGUAAAUUGAUCGAUAUCAUUCAUAAGAAUGGUAAAUUCACAUGGACUAAUAGGAGGCUAAACUUUGCCAAUAUAUCUGAAAGACUAGACCGAUUUCUGGAUGAGAAGUUUCUUGAAAAUCUGAAAGAAUGGUGGAAAGAAGUUCCUGAAAAAUUAAAAAAAGAUUGGAACAAGGUGUCCUUCAAAAAUGUUUUUGUUGAGAAAAGUAGAAUUAAGGAUGAGCUAGAAGAAAUUGGCAAUCAGGUAAUGCGAUUCAGUAUGACCAAUGUAGAAUUGGAAUUGGAGAAAAAACUUAAAACCCAGUAUAUGGAAAUUUUGAAGCGGGAGGAACUGUAUUGGAAAGAUAAGGCUAGGGAACUUUGGAUUGCCGAGGGCGAUCUCAAUACUAAAUUCAUUCAUGCCUCUUCCAAGGCUAGAAGGAUCAACAAUAAGAUAUGUUCGAUCAAAUAUGAGAAUGGGAUUUUGAAAAACUCGGCCAAUGACAUCGAGCUAAUUGCUCUCAAAUACUACAUGGAUAUAUUGGGUUGUUCUGAGCAAGAUUAG